CACUUUGCCUCUUGUACAUACAUUCGUGGCCGUGAUAAGCUGCUCGUUUCCACUUUCCAGACAAUAUAUCUUAGUCCGUGAUCUAUCUUUCAUUCAUAGAACGUCAUGUUUCACUGUAGGUAUUUUUGAUAUAUGAUAACAAAAGUUGAUAAUAAUUCAGAAACUGCCGCACUGCCACUGCCCGGCCUGUGGAUCACUGUGGGUGACGGCCGCUGUCAUGCUUGUAGCUUGUAACAUUCUAGUUUCCUGCAUGUUAUAAUAUGUUCAUUUGAGAUUUCGUUUUAUGUUUUAAAUUUAAAAGCUGAAAUCAAAAAAAAAAUUGUUUCAAUUAUGACUAAUAAUCCAGUUAUUGAUUUAUUUGACGAUCCAAAUAAAAAGUUUGUUAAAAUAUGUGCACCAAUGGUCCGUUAUAGCAGACUACAAUUCCGGAAAUUGAUUCGUAUGUAUGAAUGUGAUUUAUGUUUCACACCAAUGAUAAUGGCCGAUUGUUAUGUUAAGUCAGCUAAGGCUAGGGCACAUGAAUUCCAAACUGAUACAGGUUUGUUUAAAAAUAUUUGUCAAGUUCAAAUCAAAUUCUUAUUUAUAAAAGUAUUUUUUUUUUUAUAUUUAGAUGAUAGACCUCUUAUUGUACAAUUUGGUGCCAAUAAUUCAUCUGAUUUUGUAAAUGCUUCUAAUUUGAUCAUUCCAUAUUGUGAUGGAGUUGAUCUUAAUUGUGGCUGUCCACAAAGAUGGGCUCUAAAUGAAGGAUACGGAGCACAGUUACUGAAAAAUCCAGAAAUUAUCAAAGAUUGUGUUCGUCAAUUACGCAAUCACUUACCCACUAACAAGACUAUAUCAGUUAAAUUAAGAUUACUCGAUGAUCAUAGGCAGAGUGUAGAUCUUUGUCAACAAAUUGAAGCUACUGGUGUGUCUUUUAUUACGGUUCAUGGACGAACAGCUCUUCAAAAGAAUGAACCUAUUGAUCAAGAAUGUUUGAAACUUAUUAACGAAUCUGUUAGUGUUCCAGUAAUUUUAAAUGGUGAUAUCAAAAAUUUAUCGGAUGCUAUCACAAUGCAAGAAUAUACUGGUUGCAGAGGAAUGAUGAGUGCAAGAGGCAUUUUACACAACCCUGGCUUGUUUGCUGGCUAUCAAAACACACCACUCUCGGCUGUUCAAGAUUGGUUAAAUAUCAAACAUACUAAUUUCUUGUGGUUUCAUCAUCAUUUAGUAUUUAUGUGUGAACGUCUACUUCCUAAAACUGCAAGAAAAACUUUCAAUCAAUUACGUACUGCAUCAGAUGUAGUAUCAUUUUUAGAAGAUCAAUUACAUAUAUCAAAUGUACUUCCCAGUAAUAGGGUAUUAGGGAAGGAACUUGGUGGAACUAGUGGUGCAUAUUAUGAAAAUAUAGCUGUCGAAGACACAGUUUCUUCUCAGCCUGAAGAUAUUGUGGACAGCAUAAUCAAUUUAUUUGAUUGAAUAUAUUAUAUUAAUUUUAUACAUAUUAUUAAACAGUUAUUACAUUAAACAAAAUAUAUAUUUUGUAUUAUAUAAAAUUUUUAUUUUAGAAUGUUAUAACUUUUUAUAAUAAUUUAAUAAGUUUCCUAAAAAUGUAUAAGAUAUUUUUUGGUUACAAGUAAAAACUGAAAAUUAAAAGCAUGAAAUUGUAUUGCUGUUUGAGUAGUAACAUGGCGACUGCGAACUAUACUUAUAGGCUGAUAGACCGUGUUCGCUCAGAAUUGUUUUACGUAUACAAUGAUUUUACAGUCUUGUAAAGUAUUUGAGUAAAUGUAUUUAAAUACUUUUAUAGUAUUUAGAAUACUUUUUAAAUACUUUUUGGUUUAAAUAUUUGGAAAGUAUUUUAAAUACUGUCUUGGACGUAUUUGUAUUUGAAAAUAUCACCUUUUUUUUUUGAAAAUUAUUAUACUAUUUUAUUUAUAAAUAAUAAAAAUAUUUUUCUUUCAUAAUUGUUGAGAACUCCUGUCCCCUAGCUCUGUAUAUCCUCAUCAUUUAUAUUUC